CACGUCUAUAAACCCUAGAGAGAGAGAGAAGUGAACUGUGAAAACGCUGCGAAAAUGGCUUCUUCAAUGGCUCUCAGACGAGCGACCACAACAGCUUCAACUCUCUUCACCAAAUUCGUGAACUCCAAAACCCCCUCAAGAACCAUCCCUUCGUCGGCCACUCGCUACUUCGCCACCACCACCACCGACGACGACGACAACUGUGGCUUAAACAAACCGCCUGUUAUUGUGACCGGUCCUCCUCAGAAAUUCAAGAUGGAGAAUCCAUUUCAAUCGACUGGGCCUCGAAACGUGAUCGAAGUCGACGAAGUGAAGGGUCAUACACUGGUUAGGGUAGUGUUACCUGGUGUUGGUGAUGACGGAUUCAAAGUUUGGGUGGAGGAGAACACUGUGUACUUUGUUGGCCAAGGCGAGAUCGAAUACGAGAGAGAUGAUUGUGGGAGGAAGUAUGGUGGUAGCCUUGAGUUUUGUCCCGAAGAUCAUAGGGUUGAUGGGGUCAAAGCCGAGAUGAAGAAUGGCAUUCUCAGGUUAUUGGUGCCAAAUACAAAAGAUGCAGAGAACAAUAAAGGAAAAUGAUUCAAUUUGGAUGGUUUGGGUGAAAAUGUGAAAAUUCCUUAUCCUUAUCUAUCACCUUGAUAUGUUCAACUUAAUCCCUGGCAUGUUCAAUCCACUAGAAAUUUUGUUUGGGUGGUUUGUUUGUUUUGGCAUGUUCAACAUUGUUUUGAUUCAAAAUGAUAUCGUUUUGUUAAUGUCGUUUUGAUCAACAACAGAAGGGGCGAGGGGGAAGGUUGAAGUGCCUUGAUUUUUAUGUAU